UGGUUUCUCUCUCAAGUAUAAAAAGAAGAAACUUGAAAAUUGUGUAGUACGAGUCUACAAGAAAGUUGCUAAACAAAAAAACGUUGUGAUAUUGGAUAGUGAAGAUUUAAGCUACAGCAUGCUUCUGAGGGCAACCAUUGCCUUGUUAUUUGCUGUUCUUGUCUGUUAUAAACAAGUGAACUGUAUGUGCUCUUUCCCAUGUAAUUGGCAAGAGCGUACAUUCUACAAUGAAGCAGCCGACUUAGACCUUUUUGUUCCAAAUGCAUACCAAUUACAAAUACAAGACACUGUUAUAGAAUGCUUGAUUAGAGAAGGACCGUUCAUUGUUAACAGACGAGGUGUCGAUAAAGACAUUUACAGAUGUAUAAAAAUUAACGACGUGUGUAAGGACAGCUUUGUGGUGAUAGAAACAAAAUUAAUCCAACAGAAUUUUCCUCCAAAUUUGUGCGACAUUUGUACUCCUGGAAAUCUUACCAGCAAGCCACAAGUAUGGGUCGCAAAAGAGAAUACUCAUCUAGGAUGCGAUGUACCAAAGAAUUGUCCUGUACAAGGUCGUUCAGACAUGCAAUGUAAUGGAUGUGAAAAGAACCAACCAAAUGAUGACAUAGUCUGCAGCACUUGCAAAAAAGAGGAGAUAAAAAAGUGGGCAUAUCAAAGGAAAUAUGCCGGAGAGAAGAAGAAAUCAACCUAUGGUUCAUAUUCUAGAAGUUCUUACAGAGGCUGACGUUAAAGGAAAAAUAUGCUGAACCACUACCAUGUUUCAAUAGAAAAAGCACAUUAUUGAAAAUAAAUAUCAGCAAUUA